UGUGUGCCUUGCGUUAUUUCUUGGGUCCGCUUUCUCGGCACUGCGACUUGUUCAGCAUCAGUGUUCUCGGGGUUUCGACAGCGUAUAGUGUGUUUGAAACGCUAAGUGCCUUAUUUCCGUAAAUUCUUCCUCUCCUAAGCGAAAACAAAAAACACAAACAACAUGGACGCCAUCAAGAAGAAGAUGCAAGCGAUGAAGCUUGAGAAGGAUAAUGCCAUUGAUAAGGCAGAUACCUGCGAGAAUCAAGCCAAGGAUGCCAACACCCGCGCCGACAAACUCAAUGAGGAGGUGCGCGAUUUGGAGAAGAAGUUCGUGCAGGUUGAGAUCGAUUUGGUCACCGCCAAGGAUCAGCUGGAGAAGGCCAACGCUGAGCUGGAGGAGAAGGAGAAGCUGCUGACCUCCACUGAGUCUGAGGUCGCCACCUUGAACCGUAAGGUCCAACAGAUUGAGGAGGAUCUGGAGAAAUCCGAGGAGCGCUCAACCACCGCACAACAGAAGCUGUUGGAGGCCACACAGUCGGCUGAUGAGAACAACCGUAUGUGCAAAGUAUUGGAGAACCGUUCCCAGCAGGAUGAGGAGCGUAUGGAUCAGUUGACCAACCAGCUGAAGGAAGCUCGCAUGCUCGCUGAGGAUGCCGAUACCAAGUCCGAUGAAGUGUCACGCAAGCUGGCCUUCGUUGAAGAUGAGCUGGAAGUGGCUGAGGAUCGUGUCCGCUCCGGUGAAUCCAAGAUCAUGGAGCUGGAGGAAGAACUGAAGGUUGUCGGCAACUCGCUGAAAUCUCUGGAAGUGUCUGAGGAGAAGGCCAACCAGCGCGUUGAGGAGUUCAAGCGCGAGAUGAAGACCUUGUCCGUCAAAUUGAAGGAGGCCGAACAGCGCGCCGAGCACGCCGAGAAGCAAGUGAAGCGCCUGCAGAAGGAGGUCGACAGGCUAGAAGACGAACUGGGCAUCAACAAGGACAGAUACAAGUCUCUGGCCGACGAGAUGGACUCCACAUUCGCCGAGUUGGCUGGCUAUUAAGUGCCCUGAAGACGGAAGAGGAACUUUACAUGAAACGCAAACAAUUAUCAUCUCAACACCGAAAUUUGCAGAGCCGAAACAAAAUACCAAGCAUAACAUCUAUUGUGUAUAUCAUUAUAACAAAUAUCUAUUUCUAAAUAAAUAAAUAAAUAACAACAACUAGAUCGUCAACAGCAAGAACAACAACAAGUGCAUGUCUGAAAGAUCGAAAAUGGAAUUCAAGGAAACUCAAAAACAAAAUUAUAUAUUUUCUAUUUUAAAUGCAAUGUUUAAAAAUAUUAAGUAAUUGAGCACAACACACAAUUGUAGUGGGCAGACAAGUAAUUUAUUGAAAAUAAUAAAGAGACAUAGAUAGAGAGAGAGAAA